ACCAAGCCUGCCGCUACGAGGAGGCCAUGAAGGAGACAAGUCAGAUUGACAACCCAGACUACGCCAGCAAGGUGACGAAGCUGCAGGCGGCGAUCAAGUACGGCCAGGAGGACCUGGCCGGCGCCAAGAGCAUGGUGGAGCAGUGCCCCUCGGACGACCCGGAUACGGCCAUCAACCAGGCCUGCCUGCUCUUCAAGGAUGAGCGGUACGACGAGGCGGCCACCAAGUUCACGCACGCGCAGCAAGUGGUGGGCUACAUGCCGCAUCUCUCCUACAACAUCGCCCUCUGCCACUACAAGCUCAAACAUUAUGCGCCAGCGCUGAAGGCCAUUGCCGACAUCAUCCAGCAGGGCAUCCAGCAGUACCCCGGAGCUUAGCGUCGGCAUGACCACCGAAGGCCUCGAGGUGCGCAGCGUCGGCAAUACACUCACUCUGCAUGAGACGGCCCUGGUCGAGGCCUUCAAUC